AUGGGCAGUCGCGGUGCUGCCAUGCUGCGCGCACUGGGGGAAGCCCAGGGAAGAGGAGGUGGCGCGCAUGUCUGUAUUGAUCAAACUGCCGCUCAUGCUCCCUCCCGCCCCUUCUCCCCCACCUUCUCCCUCCCCUCUUCCCUCUCCCCCCCCUCUUCCCUCUCCCCUCCCUCCCAUUCUCCUGCCCAUGCUGCCCCCGAGUCGUCUCCCAGGGGCAGUAGUGUAGGGGAGGCGCGCAAAAGAGGAGCUAAUGCUGCUAGUGCGAGGCGUGCGGAGGAGAGGCUGAGGCAACGGGCCUGA